ACUGCAAAAAGCCAAAAACACUUGUUACACAUUUCUGGUUCAAACCCAGAAAGCUAUUCCAGUUAAUGAGUUUUGGUUUCAUUUCUUCUGGAGUUUAAGAUCAUCCAAUGAACACCCACCUCUGUUUUCAUAUUUUCUUCAUACCCUUUUGCCUUAUCUUGUUACCGGUUUCUGGUCAAUGUCAAAACGACCAGCGAUCGAUUUUGAUUCAGUUGAAUAACACUCUCCGGUUCAAUUCUACGUUUUCUACAAAAUUGGUUUCUUGGAACCCAAAUGAUAUAGAAGAUUGUUGCAAUUGGUUAGGUGUCACUUGCAGCCCAAGCGGUCAGAUCGUUGGUCUUGAUUUAAGCAAUGAAACGAUAUCAGCUGGAAUUGAUGAUUCCAGUGUUAUCUUCAGUUUGGAGAAUCUUGAAAGCGUGAAUCUUGCUGCGAAUAACUUCAAGUUCACAGAGAUUCCUUCAAGAUUUGGCAGUUUCGCAAGUUUAUUGUAUUUAAACUUAUCGAAUUCAGGGUUUUCGGGUCAGAUUCCUGGGGAAUUAUCACAGCUUAAAAGCCUAGAAGUUCUUGAUCUUUCUUCAUAUAUCUCCUUAUUAAUUCAUCCACUAAAGCUUGAAAACCCGAAUCUAGACACGCUUGUUCGAAACCUCACGAGGUUAAAAUGUCUUUAUCUAGAUAAUGUGAAUAUAUCAUCGCAAAAAUCUGAUUGGUGCCAGAGUUUAUCUUCAUAUUUACUUGAUUUGGAAGUUUUAAGCUUGUCAAACUGUCAACUGUCAGGCCCUUUAGAUGAUUCCCUUGAGAAAUUACGAUCACUUUCUAUAAUAAAUCUAGCUCUCAACAAUUUAAGUGCUACAGUUCCGGAUUUCUUUGCAAAUUUCAAGAAUUUGACAGUCAUGAAACUUGGUUCUUGUAACUUGAUUGGAACAUUUCCUGAAAAGGUUCUCCAACUGCAGAGUUUACAGAUUCUUGAUUUAUCAGCUAACUGGAAUCUUAGUGGUUCUUUACCCGAUUUUCCUGUGAACGGAUCACUUCGGAGUUUAGUGCUCAGCCACACAAGCUUUUCGGGGGGGAUACCAGAAUCUAUUGGAAAUCUGAAGAAUUUAUCAACAAUCGAUCUUAUGGGGAGCAAGUUCAACGGAAAGAUACCUGAAUCCGUGGAAAAACUCACCCAACUGGUGUCCCUAGAUUUGUCAUUAAACAACUUUAUAGGACAAAUUCCAACGUUUCAGAAGUGCAAGAACCUUACCUAUGUUAAAUUGUCGCGGAAUGGUUUGUCAGGUAUGAUUCACAAAGAUCUCUUUCAAGAUCUUCAAAAUCUUGUUUCGGUUGAUUUAGGAUUUAAUAAAUUCAAUGGAAGCCUACCUUUAUCUCUGUUCUCCUUGCAAAAAUUGCAACAAAUACAGCUUUCGAAUAAUAAUUUCAAUGGUUUACUUGCUGAUUUUACCAAUCCAUCGUCAUCUUCAUUGGAUACACUUGAUUUGAGUUUUAACAAACUGGAGGGAGAAAUUCCAAGAUCUUUCUUUGAACUUAGAAUGCUUAGUGUUCUUUUAUUAUCAUCAAAUAACCUGAGCGGGUCCAUAAACACCACAGAGUUUCAAGAUCGUUUGAGCAACCUAAGGACUCUUGAUCUUUCAUUCAAUAAUUUAUCGAUUAUAACGAGUGAUGAUAUCAGUCUUGUUUCGAACCUUCCAAAGUUCUCAUCUUUAAAGUUGGCUUCUUGCAAACUUCUUAAUUUCCCUAAUCUAAGAAACCAAACAAGAUUGCAAUAUCUUGACCUUUCAAACAACGUUAUUGAAGGAAAUAUACCAACUUGGAUAUGGGGAGUUGGGAAUGGAAGUCUUUCUUAUAUGAACCUUUCUCAUAACCGUUUAACCGGUCUCCAAGAGCCCUAUAACUUUCCCAUUCUUAAUGUUCUCGACUUGCAUUCCAAUCAUCUCAGUGGGGAGAUUCCGGCUCCGCCACAAUCUGCCACGAUCAUUGAUUAUUCAAACAAUCUUUUCAAUUCCUCACUCCCAGAAAGCAUUGGAAGAAACCUCAGCCACGCAUACUUCUUCUCAGUUUCUAACAGUUUACUCACUGGGGUGAUCCCAGAAACCAUAUGCAAUGCUUCCUACCUCAAGGUUUUGGAUUUGUCAAACAAUCGCUUAAACGGAAGCAUACCAAAAUGCUUGAUUGAAUCAGGUAGCAUCCAUCUUGGUGUACUAAACCUGGGAAAUAACAGUCUUAGUGGUCAAAUCGAGGGUACAUUUCCUAGAAACUGUCAGUUGAACACUCUAGAUCUGCAUGGAAAUGGUAUAAAAGGGAAGAUUCCAGAAUCUUUAGUCAACUGCACAAUGCUAGAGGUGUUAAACCUCGGGAAGAACAACAUAAACGACACAUAUCCAUGUUCUUUGGGUAACAAUACCAACUUGCGUGUCCUUGUUCUAAGAUCCAACAGGCUCCAUGGAUCCGUGCUUUGUAGUCAAAAUCAACAUAAUAACUGGUCAAAGCUUCAGAUUCUCGAUAUAGCUUGUAAUAACUUAAGUGGGGUCAUCCCGGAAGAUUAUUUCUUAAAAUGGGGUGCUAUGAUGAUUAAUGAGAACGGAGAUCCACAACGUAAGAAGCACCUUAGCUUCAGGGUGUUAGGGCUUAGCAGUAUCUACUAUCAAGAUACAGUUACAGUCACCUUCAAAGGACUCGAGAUGGAGUUAACGAAAAUCUUGACACUGUUCACAUCCAUUGACAUCUCAAAUAAUCACUUUUCAGGGGAAAUACCAAGCACAAUUGGCCGACUCAAAGCAUUGUAUGUUCUCAAUGUAUCACGUAAUGAGUUUACAGGUUCCAUUCCACCAUCUAUAGGAAAUUUGACGCAGUUAGAAUCAUUGGAUAUGUCACGAAACAAUUUAUCCGGAGAGAUCCCAUAUGCGCUCACAAACCUUAACUUCCUUUCUACCUUUAAUGUGUCAUACAAUCAACUGAGAGGAAGAAUCCCAACAGGCAACCAACUUCGGACUUUUGAGAAUGGUUCCUACUUAGGAAACACAGGAUUGUGUGGCUUUCCAUUGAGCAGAAGCUGCUCUAGUUCAAACAUUCCUGAAACAAAAGAUGCACCAGAAGUUCGGGAAUUAAAGACCGGAUAUGAUUGGCAGUUCAUACUCAUUGGGGUGGGAUAUGGGGCAGGUGCAGCCAUUGUUUUAGGCACUCUUAUGUUGUCCAAAACAUGGAGACACCUUUGGGAUGAGUACACUAAUGAACUUGUAAAGCUGAUCUGUUUGGCUCUGAAGAUCCGUUAUGCGCCCUAUGGUUUAUUUGAAGAAGAUGAAGAUGUUGAUGAAAAGGAGACGCUAGAUGCUGAUGAAAGCUCGAACGAAAGUGAAUUAGAAUCAGAAGUUGAUCAGUCAAAAGGAAGGUAUUGUGUGUUCUGUACCAAACUUGAUAUCUAUAGAAAGCAAGCCAUUCAUGAUCCAAAUUGCACUUGCUUUGACCAAACAAAACCAUUAUCUAGAUUUUCAUCGAUUUGUUCAUCGGAAGCAGACUCUCCAUUCACCAGACUGUGAGUUUUGAUAUUUAAAAUUUCUUGUUUAGAUCUCCUAGAUUUCUCAAUGUAUAUAUAAAUAUAAAAUUUUAAAGCUGGGUUUAUUCAAACUAAUCAGUUAUAUAGAAUUUAACAUGUUGCUUAUUCUUCUUAA